CUCCGUUGGCCGGGUGUAGGAGGGAGGGACGCUAGCAAUCUGACAGGCAGCUAGCUACAGCAGAGUAACAGCCUGGCAAUUACAGCGGCGACGUAUCAGGAGAGGGUGGUUACCGAAACUAAUCAAAGGGUCGUCCAGCACCUGAACCAUCAAUCGGGUUUAUGAGUAAAGCGAUCAAUCAGGCUGCCGUUAACCUUCGGAAGAAACGCUGAAGUGUAAUUCGCCGUCAACGGGUUUUUUCUUUUCUUUUUCUUGUUUUUACUUAUUAUCCGUGACAACAUGGCUGAAUGUAACGUUAGCAUCGACCAGAAUAAACUACCUGGAGUGAAAGAGGGUAAUGUCCACAUAACAUGUUUCCUGGAAAAAUAUAAACUCCACACUGCUGAAGGCUUCGAUGAAGCCAUGACAGAAUACUCUGUUUAUAUGAUGCUAUGUAAAGCCUGUGUGUGUCUGUGUGUGUCAACAGUUGAGAGCCACUUGGCCUCCAAUGUCUAUAAGAGCCGUCUGGUGCAGAACGACCUGCAGGUGGCCAAGAAGCUCCAAGAGGAGGAGGAUGAGAGGGCCAAGAUGAAGACUCAGAAGGAGAACGUUGACAUUGAGCGCCAAGACAACGAGAUCGCCCAGGAGAUUCAGGAGGAACUGGUCCGACAGGCAGAGCGACAGCGACAGCAAGAAGAGAAAGAUGCGGCCAUCGCUCGUAAGCUGCAGGAGAAGGAGAUGAAAGAGGACAGGAGGAGACAUAAGCAGCUGGAAACGCGCUUUGAUGAAGAUCAUGGAGAGCCGAGACCUCUAGACUUGGACAAACCCAGACAUCACACACCGGCGUCCCCGGGGCGAUACGAUGCUCCGGUGAGCUCACGUCGAGAUUACUCUCCAGAUUAUAGUUCAACAGAACCUAAGAGGAGCAGACAGCCAAAACUGGAUGCUGCAGCACCCCGUGGUCGCUCCAGAUACCCAGAGGGCUAUCUGCUGGGAGAGGGAGGCCGUAGCAGGCACGCCGAUCCUUUUCCUGAGCACCUGAUGCACAACAGAGGCAAGCAGGGGGACAGGUGUCCAGAGCACGAGCCCUCACAGACUGGCAGAGCCAGGGAUUUAGGGUACGAGGACACAGAGAGAGUGGUGAGGAGGAAAGAGAGACCAGCUAGACCACCUCCAGUACAAAUCCCUAAAGAGAGGGACAAACCGUGGGUCAGAGACAGGCAGUACGACCGAGACGGAGGCAGAGAACCGGAGUAUGAGAGGUACACUGCAAGAGACCAGAGGAGGGACCGAGAUCGGAGGAGGGACAGAGACCAGGACCUCAGGUGGGGAAGAGCAGAGGGGCGGGACGGAGAAAGAGACAGAGGACGAAGUCUGGACAGAGAGCUCGAGGGACACGGACAUCGAGACAAAGGAAGACAAAGAGCAAGAACCCGGAGCAGGGAGAGAGGACUCGAAGACGCCUUUGUGGAGCCGGCACACAGCCGGGGCCGGCUGAGGGAAGGGAGGGCUUCCUGGGAGGGGCAAGAGGAGGAUUUUGAGAGAAGGACCAGGGGACGGCACCGUGUCCAGUCCAGCCCCAAUGAGCUGUUUGGAGAUCAUAGGGGCGACGAAGGCAGAGGAGGCAGCAGGGAGUUCUGGGACCUCCAGCAGGGGGAGGGUCGUGGCAGGGAGCGCAGUCAUAGUCAACCCAGCGGCGAGACAGGUCGUAUUGCGCACCGUGGCGGUGGGUCAGUAAUGCCAGAGACUGAGUACGGACUGAGCGAGGCCACCAAGGGUUUGACCAAGCUCGAUCUGCGCGAGCAAGAGCUGAAGGACCUGGAGGUGGCCAGGAAACUGCAGGAGGAGGAAAUCAAGGCGAGCCAGGUGCACGUGCGUGCAGCCCAGGUGGCACAAGAUGAGGAAAUCGCCCGCCUGCUGAUGGAGCAGGAGAAGAAGGAGUACAGGAAGAAUCGCGAGUGGGAGAAAGAGAAGGAGCGGGAGAGGCUGGCCAUGGAAAGGAUGGCCGUGGAGAGGAGGCGGCAAGAGGGAGACUCCAGGCCAAAUUCCGAGGAUGUUGUCCGGCCCAGGACACGAGAGGAGUACGAGUACCAAAGGCAAAAGAACUACAAGCCUCCGAGGCCUCCACAGCCGCGCGCACACGACUAUGAGAAUGUCAGUCCUGGCUACGUCUACCCAGAUCACCCUGCUGCCCCUCGCGCUCCGGCCAGACCCGAUCCAACUUACAGAGGUGCCUAUCACAAGCGGUGACUCAGGCUCUCGGCCGUGUGCACACAUGCUGUCAGUCCUCCUGUGUGUGUUUAUCUUUUAUUUUCACCCGUUCGCUCUGUUGGACAGAGUUGGCAGUGGGAUUUUUUUUUUUUUUUAAUAUCCUCCAGAGUUGAGGAAGUGGAUGUGUGAGUGAAAUACACUCAUCUUUGUUUUAAUGAUUUGUAAAAUGUGAUUGCAUAUUUCUUUAAACUGGUGACAUUAAGCCAAAAGAAAUCUCCCAUGAUUCUUUGCUGUGUAAUGAAGGACCUGCCCCCCUGCUGUGGUCAUUGUGUGCCAUCAAAGGGCUUAAAGCCUCUGCUGGAUGUAACUCAGAGUUCCUCAGACUCUUCAUGGGCCUGUCUGGUCCACUGUGGCUGUUCCAGUGUCUUAGAUACCACCGUGGCAGCUUCUUUGUCACAGCGCGCUGCACCGCUGUUCUCGCCGUGCAGCGAGGCCCUGUGAGGGCUGCCCAUGUGCCACACAGCCUUUGACUCUGAAGGGGAUGCAUUAUGUUUUGUUUUAUUUGCUGUAAUUAUAAAGAAAUAAGCCUUGAUUUCGGUGCUGGUAGCUCUGGCUUUCAUGUUUCCCACCUUGUUCCAGCGCAGACGGGGUGGAGCUUCGCGGCGAUCUGUGGACAUCGAUCAGCUCGACGUGUUUGCGUUUUUUCUUUUUUUUUUUUCACUUAACCCCGUCUUUCUUAAACUGUAGUGGUUUGACUGUAUAUGACUCACUGUUUCUAUGUGCAUGCUUACUGAGAGUGUACAGAUGUGUACAUGCAUUUCAGCUCAAUAUUAACUGGCUCCCUCUUUAUUAUCAGAAAGGGCUAAAGCUGCAAACAGCCAAUAAUAAUCUCUGUAGAAACUAAAUAUGUGCUCAUAUACUGCUGUACAGUAUUUCUGCCAAUAUUUCAUGAGCUUGUCAUUUCCAGCUGGACCAUAAAGGAACCAGUACCAAAUGAAAUGCAUGUAUGUUGCCUGUGUCCAGCCUGAGUUUGUGCUCAGAUGCUGUUUAAUCUGCGUUCUUGUUUUUUACAUCCGUCAGACCAAAUCAUGUGAACUUCGGUUCUCCCUCCAUGAAACUUUGUAUCCUGCUCGUUGUCUUUAUUGAGAAAGGGAGCUUUAUAUUUAUUUUUGUAAAUUUAUUUUUUCCUCACAUUGUUUCCUCAGUUUUCAUCGACCAAGCUUCCCCGCUGUCACUUCCAGGACUUUCCGGUCUCGUGCUUCCUGCUUGCAGGAAGGAGAUAAUCUAGUGUUUUGUUAUAUUUCUUCAGGUCCUGAUAUUUUUGGUUAUGAGAGGAAAAAAACGGAUAAUGAAGAGCACAUCGCUGAAAUGUUUGAUUGCCACAUGAUUCACUCAUUGAGCAUUUGGUGCUGCGUAGAGUUUUUGCUUUGUGAUAAAUGUUGCUGAAAUGAUAAAUCUGCAGAACAAGCGCCUGUGCUGUGAGCAGAAGCUGUUUCCUCUCGUGGUUUGUUGAACAAACAUGCAGUCGCUGAAUUACAGUUUGUGCUACGUGCUGUUGACAGGAUGAGAUAUGUGCCAUACACGUGUUGUUUUUCAGGGACUUUACAAAUUGGAGGGAUUAAAAGUUGUGGUUGUAGCGGAGCUAGCGCCCACUGUGGUGGGUCUCCCUAAUUUAUUCUUUGAUGAGAGCGCCACCUAGUGGACGUGCUUCCAGUUGGUGAGGGUGCAGAUCACAGUGAUGUGUAUUUGUGUAUGUUGUGCUUCAGAUAUGACUUUACUUUCAUGUGUUGUCUGUUUUCUUUGAUUUAGGGCUUUAUGCAAUCGACCAAUCAUGAAUCAACAUGUUGGACUUUAAGUAAAAUGAAUUUAAGUUGCUUUUACUUGUAGCAUCUCAAAAUGUAAUAAAUUGCAUCAGCAUUUACACCAUGAA